CGCCUCUCCUCCCUUUCGGAUUACGGACCCGGUCACUGCGGUGGGGAUCCACACAGCGUUGCCCGGCCGUCGCCAUGGUGAAGCUGAGUAAAGAGGCUAAACAGAGGCUGCAGCAGCUCUUCAAGGGCGGCCAGUUUGCCAUCCGUUGGGGCUUUAUUCCUCUCGUGAUUUACUUGGGAUUUAAAAGGGGUGCAGAUCCUGGAAUGCCUGAACCAACAGUUUUGAGCCUACUUUGGGGAUGAACUGUUUUGUCAUCUGGAUUUGGAAGCAGUCAUCCAACAGGAACAACAUGGAAGGUGUAUGCUCUGGCUGGGAUAAGCAAUGGGACAUCAUUCAGACAGUCACCAAUUGGAUGGCACAGGAUUCUUACUUCUCAGAUGCAUCUGUGGCAGAGUGGAACCUCUCCUGACUUAUUUAUGAUGGACUAUAUAAAAAUAAAUAUUUUCAACAAUGUUC